CCCUGCGCUGGUUACACCUGAUUUCUCAGGUAGCCUACACCGAGAGAGUCUCGAGCGAUCCCGGACUUCCUCAUUCAUGGACGUCACGCGCUGCAGCAGCUGAGCGCUCUGAGGUGAAACUCACGACAAACAGCGACUUCAUAAAAUCCAUAAACAAAGCAAGAUGAAUGAAAAGAGAGUUAAGGAAGCUGAGGAAGUUGUAGUGGCCGUGAUGCCAAAACAAGAUCUGAGCUGGAUUCCAAAUUUAUUGAAGAAGAGAGUGUGCACGACAUUUGUGGAGGACUCUUUCAGCAAUGGCGGUCGGUGUCAGUGUGGGGCCACGCGGGACUCCCAUCCUUCAGUGGCCUUGGGCGAUAACUUCAGCACGGCCAUCGUCAGUCACUGGGACAGUAUACAGCACUCCUCCGAGCAGCCCACAGAUGCCUAUGGAGAGCUGGAGUUUGCCGGGUCUGGCAAAAGACACAGCUAUUUCUUGCGUCUCUCCAGCACCACAGUUUCUUCUGUGGUCUUUGAUAUCAUGAGACAACACUGGAAACUGGGUCAGCCCAACCUGGUGGUGUCAGUGGUUGGUGGUGAAGGAAGGUCAAAGGUCAAGAGCUGGGUGCGAGAGGUCUUGAGGCAGGGGCUGGUUAAAGCAGCACAGAGUACAGGAGCGUGGAUCAUAACCUCAGGGCUGAGGGAAGGCAUCGGCAAGUGUGUAGGAGAGGCAGUGAGAGAUCACGCCACUGCAGUGUCUUCUGUCAGUUUAAAUAAAGUGGUUCCUAUAGGCAUUGCUCCUUGGGGAAUGGUACAUAAUCGCCAGCAGCUCGUUGACCCUGAGGGAAGUUUCCCUGCUAAGUAUUUUGUCCAAAGCACUUCACGUGGCACUUACUCUCUGGAUAAUAACUACAAGGCUUUCCUUCUGGUGGACGAUGGGACCGAAGGACGUAAAGGUGGGGAGUUCGGUUUCAGAGGCCGUCUGGAGGAUUACAUUUCACGUCAGCGCCCAGCAGGCAGUGCAAGCAUUGACAUUCCUGUUCUGAAUAUGCUGAUAUCUGGAGAAGUUUCCAUGGUGGAGGCAUUAGAAAUCUCUCUGAAGAAUUCAAUGCCCUGGUUGGUCCUGGCUGGUUCGGGUGGGCUUGCUAAUCUUGUGAGUGACAUUGUGGAGAAUGUGCAGUCUGAUCCGAUGUGUGCGUUUGGAGGAGCAGAGAAGGAGGAAGGGUCUCCCAACAUAGAGCUUAGAGAACGAAUAACCACGAAAGUAAAGAAACACUUUCCUUCAGAGCAAGACAUGGACAAGCUUGUUGAUAAGGUUUUAAGCAUCUACCAGAAGAAAGACCUCAUCUCCAUUUAUCACGCAGAAGGAACGGAUGAUUUUGACACUGUGAUGCUUAAAGUGCUUGUUCAAGCGAGUAAACAUCGGGUUUCUAUGACUACUAACCCCUAUGUUGAUGAGUUGAAGCUGGCUGUAACCUGGAACAGAGUGGACAUUGCCAAAAGUGAACUGUUCAGUGGAAACAUUGACUGGAAGUAUGAAGAUCUUGAAGAAUCCAUGACUGAUGCCCUGGAGAACAAUAAACCCCAAUUUGUGCGUCUCUUCAUUGACAACGGUCUAAACAUUGUGAACUACCUGACUUAUGGCCGACUGGAGGGUCUUUAUGACUCCAUCUCUAAAACCUCUCAGGCCGGCAUGCUGCUGCAGUAUUUCCUGGAAGAGCGCAUAAACGAGUCCAUUGAUAAGACAUGCCGUGUCAGCAUUUAUGAGGUGAGUCUGCUGCUGGAGGACCUUUUGGGAGAGGUGUGCCAGCCCUUCUAUAAGUCUUUGCUCAAAGUGGAUGCAGCAUCUACCAGAAGAAAAGCUUUGAAGAGGGUUUGCAAGACCCUGAAAGAGGAGUGCUCUUAUCCGCAAAACAUGUGCAAGCACCCGUGGUUAUGUCUCUUCCUCUGGGCGGUGCUGCAGAACCGUGGUGAAAUGGCGAUCUUAUGCUGGGAAAUGUGUGGCGAGUCUGUUCUGACGGCUCUGGGAGGAUGCAAAAUACUGAGGGAGCUGUCUAAACUGGAGACUGAGACAGAUGCUAAACUCCCCAUGAAGGAGUUGGCCACAAAGUUUGAGUUUAUGGCUCAUGAUGUGUUCAGCACUUGCUACCAAACCAAAUCAAGUUAUUCCUACAAGCUGCUGAUCCGCAAAUCAAAUCUGUGGGGUGACGCCACCUGUCUGAAGAUGGCCAUGGCUGCUGAUGCCCGUUAUUUCUUCAGCCAUGAUGGAGUACAGUCCCUGCUGUCUCAGAUCUGGUGGGGUGACAUGGAAAGAGGAACAGAGCUCUGGAAACUCGUGCUGACGAUGAUCAUUCCUCCUCUUGUCUACACCAACCUCAUCAAGUUCAAAAAAGCAGAGAAUGCAGAAGAAGUUAAAUCAGUGAUGGCACCUCCACCUUCAGCAACAGACUGUAAUUACGGAGAGACUGUUUUCUCCUUCGCUGACAUCAAACACCACAGUGAAGGUGAUCACGAGGACUCAAAUUACAUCAGGCGACCAACAAAAGCAGGUACUGCUACAAGUUUCCGACCCAAGAAGUUCCCGUUUUGGGUUUCCCGGUGGAAGCAGUUCUGGUACGCCCCUGUCACUUCAUUCAUCGGCAACGUUGUGACGUACUUCCUCUUCCUGUUUCUGUACGCCUAUGUGCUUUUGGUCGACUUCAAGCCGCCUCCGCCUGAAGGCCCUGCUGUUUCUGAGUAUGUGCUGUAUUUCUGGGUGUUCACGAUCGUCUGCGAGGAGAUUCGAGAGACAUUCAUUGUGGGGAAUAAGAUGUUUUGUCAGAGGUUGAUGCUGUAUCUUCAGGAUGUUUGGAAUAAGUUUGAUGUGCUUGCCAUCUCCCUCUUUAUUGCUGGAUUGUGCUGCAGGAUGUUCAGUUGGUCAUUCAACAUGGGACGCGGUAUACUGUGUAUGGACUACAUGGUCUUCACGCUCCGACUCAUCCAUAUUUUUGCCAUUCACAGACAGCUGGGUCCCAAAAUCAUCAUACUUGGCAAAAUGAUAAAGGAUGCAUUCUUCUUCUUAUUCUUCCUGGCGGUGUGGCUGAGUGCGUAUGGAGUGGCCAAUCAAGCUCUAUUAUACCAAUACGACCCAAGCCCUGACAGAGCGUUUCGAAGAGUCUUGUACAGACCAUAUUUGCAUAUAUUUGGACAGAUUCCUGUGGAAGAAAUAGACACUGGAAAGAAUUGGGAUAGAGACUGCACAGAUAAUCUGACACUGAUAAAUGAAGGAAAAGAGCCAUGUAGAGACACCAGCCACAACUGGCUUGUGGUCAUUUUGCUGGUCAUAUUCCUGCUAGUCACCAACAUCCUUCUAGUCAACCUGCUCAUCGCCACAUUCAGCUACACCUUCUCUAAGGUUCAGGAGCGCAGUGACACAUACUGGAAGUUUCAGCGGUAUAAUCUGAUAGUGGAGUAUCAUUCCCGUCCAACACUCGCUCCACCAUUCAUCAUCCUAUCCCACAUCAACCUCUUAAUCAAAAGAAACUUACGCAAAGUUCCAUCCACCAAAAUCCACCGAUUUGCACUGCAGUUAAAGGGUAAAGAUGCUAACAAGCUGGUGAAAUGGGAGACCUUCCAGAAGGAGAACUUUCUGACUCUCGAGAGCAAAAAACAAAGAGGGACUGACUCUGAGAGGCUAAAGCGCAUGACUGCUAAAGUGGAUGGUAUCAUUAAACAGGUUGGUGAGAUCAGAGAUGUUGACCGCAGACUGCGAGCACUAGAAUCCGAUAUGGAGUUCUGUACGUCUUCUCUUCAGUGGAUUAUGGAAGCUCUGUCUCAGAGCAGUACAGUGAAGAGCCCUAAAUCACACCCAACUCGCAAAGCUGUCAUUUCAGCCUCCAUUGAGAAAUGAAAAAUGAAAAAAAAAAAAACUCUACUUUCCUGUAUUCGUCUUCAUUUCUCACUUUCACGGACACAAGAACAAAGAUGCUGCAGAGAGCUAGUGAAACCUGUCAGAAAACUGUCCGUAUUGUUCCGGUUUCCAUUUUUAAACUGGUCAUCCUGGUCUUUUCUUGGUUCAUCCUGCUCUUACUAGUUUAGUGCUCACAAAUGACCUCUCCUGGUUUUCCAUGUGAUCAUGGGAAGAGAACAGGGCCCAGAAUGUCCUUGAACUCACUGUACACUAAAAGGUCAAUUAUGUCAUGUUACAUUCAUAGAUUACUUUUAUCUUUAGGUUUCAUUAUAAGGUCAGGGUAACUGUUUUCUUAGAAUCUGAUUUCAUAGAAUAAAUUCUUUAUAAUAAAAAUAAAGAAAUGUUCUUGAUUAAUGGCUUAAAGGGAUAGUUAAACUAAAAAAAUGGAAAUUGUCAUCAUUUACUCAUGCUCAAGUUGAAUGAAUUUAUUUCUUCUGCUGAACAUAAAAGAAGAGAUUUUGAAGAUUACUGACAACUAAACAGUUGCUGGUCCACAUUGAGUUCCAUAGUAUGAAAAAAAUACUAUGGAAGUCAAUGGGGACCAGCAACUGGUGAGUUAAAAAUUUUUGGUGGACUAUCCCUUUAAAAGCUGAUGUGGGAACCAAUAUAGCAUAUUGUAACUUCAACUUUGUAUUUCAUUUUUUGUAUUUGUAUUGUAUUUUUUAACCAAAAACCUAUGAUCAACUCCCAUUUAUUGUUUAUAUCGUCUGGCACAUAUCUUGACACAUGUGUUGCAGAACAUGAAAUAAGUCUAAUGUUCAAUAGGGAUUUUUUAAUGUUUUUAUUAUUUGACAAACCACACAAACAAAAGAUCUAUAAUUGAAUGCUUUUUGCACUGAAAUAUUGAACUGGAAUACUGCAAUGAUUGUUUACAUUUUAAAUAUAGAAUCACAUUUUAAGAUUCAAGAUUCAUACUGUAAUUGCAUUCUGUAACAAUGUUCUUGGAUUUUGUGUUUUUUUUUAAUUCUAUUUUUGGAUAUUUAUAUGUUUGAUUUUGUGAUGACAAUUUUCAGGGUGACAAGUUCUUCAAUUUCUUAUUUGUAAUAUUUUAUUAUUAUUAUUUUAUAUCACGCUUUAAAAAUACAUUUUGAAACCAUAACAUCUGAUGCAACUAUUUAAAGGAUUGUUCUGUUUUGGCAGCAUCAGCAGAACAGAAUCAGCAGAGAGGGAGGAGAUAAAUAGACUGUGUGGCCAAGUUUGCAUCUCAGAUUUCAGGGGCAACAAAGAUCCUUCACCAUGUUCUCUCUUCCCCAACUCUCACCCCUCCAAAACUAAAGCAAUCCCUAUGGUCUUUCUGGACUUGUACACCCCACUAAUUUCCUGUGUUAAUGUAUUAUCCAUUGAAACAGGAUGUUCGGGUUGGACAGUUUGUCCCUUAAAAAAUGGCAAUAGGUUUUACUUAUGUGACAGCCAAGAAUUAUAAUUUAGUAAUGAGAGGAACAG